UGCAGACGACAACUCACGAGCCUCUGUUAACACACACGCACUCCCCUUCUUCACCUCUCGCAUUCUUCCCAGUUCCCUCCACUAUAUGUAGAUACUACAUACAUACCCAGACUGAAUCUUUUUUGUACAGAGGGGUUUUUCAAGAACAAUGGUGGAAAAAAGAAACCUGGUUCUGAUUUGUGCUCUGUUUUUUGUCAUAAGCAGCAUCAAUGGUGAAGACCCAUAUAGGUUUUUCACUUGGAAAGUCACUUAUGGUGACAUUUAUCCAAUGGGUGUCAAGCAACAGGGAAUACUGAUCAAUGGGCAGUUUCCAGGACCUCAAAUCAAUUGUGUCACCAAUGAUAACUUGAUCAUUAGUGUCUACAAUUACUUGAACGAGCCUUUUCUCCUUUCUUGGAACGGGCUACAACACAGAAGAAACUCAUGGCAGGAUGGUACUUAUGGUACAACUUGCCCAAUCCCACCUGGCAAGAACUUCACUUACAUGCUUCAAGCCAAGGAUCAGAUCGGUAGCUUCUUCUACUUCCCCUCACUUGGCCUUCAGAAGGCUGCUGGAGGCUAUGGCGGCAUUAAAAUCUACAGCCGCCCUCGUAUUCCAGUCCCUUUUCCUUUCCCUGCCGGAGAUCACACUGUUCUUGCUGGUGAUUGGUACAAAAAAAGCCACCAGAGGCUGAGACACAUAUUGGACAUGGGUCGAGGCAUUUCUUCUCCUGACGGACUCCUCAUCAAUGGCCGUGGCUGGAACGGUUACACCUUCCAAGUUGAACAUGGGAAAACAUACAGAUUCAGAAUAUCAAAUGUGGGGUUGACAACAUCCGUCAACUUUAGAAUCCAGGGACAUACAAUGAAACUUGUGGAAGUGGAAGGAUCUCACACAGUCCAGAACACCUACACUUCCCUCGAUCUCCACCUCGGACAGUCCGCUUCCGUCUUGGUCACUGCCAACCAGCCAGUCAAAGAUUACUAUGUUGUGGUGUCUUCACGCUUCACCCGUCGUGUGCUCACGACCACUGCCAUUCUCCACUACCGCAACUCCAAAAUUGGGGUCUCCGGUCCUCCUCCUGGUGGCCCUACCACCCAGAUUGCCUGGUCCCUCAUGCAGGCCCGAUCCUUGAGAUGGAACCUAACUGCCAGCGGACCCAGACCAAACCCACAAGGCUCUUACCAUUACGGUAUGAUCAAGCCUAGCCGCACGAUUAUUCUAUCCAAUUCGGCUCCUUGGAUCAACGGAAAGCAAAGAUAUGCGGUCAACGGUGUGUCGUUUGUUGCCGGAGACACUCCUUUGAAACUAGCCGAUUACUUCAAUAUUGGUGGAGUCUUUAGCAUUGGAAGCAUCUCUGACAAGUCAUACAACGGGAACAAUGCGUAUCUUGCAACCUCUGUAAUGCAUGCUGAUUUCCGGUCUUUUGCUGAAAUCGUGUUCCAAAACUGGGAGGAUACUGUCCAAUCAUGGCACAUCGAUGGGUACUCGUUCUUUGUUGUCGGAAUGGAUGGCGGACAGUGGACACCGGCAAGUAGAUGGCGCUACAAUCUAAGAGAUACGGUUGCUCGUAGUACCGUUCAGGUGUACCCAAAGGCAUGGACAGCAAUCUAUAUCGCACUGGACAACGUGGGGAUGUGGAACAUACGAUCGCAGAAUUGGGUGAGGCAGUAUUUGGGGCAACAGUUUUAUCUUCGAGUGUACUCACCUGCGCAUUCGUGGAGAGACGAGUUGCCCAUUCCCAAGAACGCAUUACUAUGUGGUCGUGCUAGAGGGCGACACACAAGGCCGCUAUGAGACUAGAUAGUGAUUGAUUUGGUUUGUCACGAGAGGGUGGCAACUAAACUACUUAUUCCAGUUUUUUUUUACAGCUAAUUAGUUUUUGUUCAUUGCAACAUUCUUCAUUGUAGCUGGGUUCCACAUGAAUUUCUAAUUCUUUUCUGGUAACACUGGCUUAUUUUCUAGAAAGGGCGAGUUUCAUUUCAUUUACUAUGUAACCGUUGUAUUCAAAUAUACAAAUAAUGAUUUGUGGGGUUUAUUAAAUAAAAUCAUUCGUUUAAA